GCAAUAAUUAAGUGAUUAAGCGGAGAGAUUGACCAUGGCACGUUUCGUUUUGCUGAUCGUUUUGCUUUUCGCCGCCGGUAUGGCCAACGAGUCUUCAAACAAGCCAGAAUCAUUUGAAGAGGAAAUUAUAAAGAAUUUGAACAAAACUAAUGAAAAACUGGACAGAUUAAUUAGAAUCGUCUUUGAUCAGGUUGUGGAGACGCGGAAGGUGGCCCAGGAGCAAAAUGAAAAGUUGAAUAAAUUUUCCAACGCGACCAACGAUCGAUUUGAGCAAAUAGCCAAAAAGGUUGACCAGCGCCACAAUCAGACUUUGGAAGAUGUGAAGCGACAGAAUCAAAAGCUGGACGAAUUAUCCGAAAUCGCCGAGCGCCUCGUUCAGCUCUUUCAGGGGAAAUUCCCGGCACCACCGUCCCCCUGCAUUCUUGCUCGUUCGGCAAAUUUAAAGAUGUUGUCCAACGGCAAAAAGUACUUCUUCAGUACAAACAAAAAAACGUGGACUUCUGCAAACGUGACUUGCGCUCGCUUGGGCCUCCACUUGGCCACGAUCGCGAAUUUGACGGACGCACAAGUCGUGAUCGAAGAGGGCAAGAAAAUGCACGGCCGCAACGUUUGGUGGGUUUCGGCAAAAAACCAAGGAAGGGGAAGUGAAAUUGAAUUUCGGUGGCAGGAUGGGACCAAAUUAGAGUCGGACAGUCCCUUGUGGGCGGACGGAGCGACCAAGACCGACGACUGCGUUUACAUCUAUAAUUACAACAAGGGGAAAUUGUACAGCCAUCCGUGCUCCGGAACCACUAACAUUCUUUGUGAACUUCCAAAGCAAUGCUAUAAUUGAUAAUUUUUUUAUUAUAAAAAUUUUCUUUAUUUAAUCGUCGAGUCCAAAUGAUGAAUUAGAACUCGAUUAUUAUUUAAAACUUUGUAAAAUAAUUCAAUAAAGACAAUUUUUACGUCGCAUUUCAAUCA